AUGUGGCGUGACCGCAUUUCAGUCCAGUCAACUCCCUCCGGACCCAAUGGCCGCAACCUUUCUCCUCUACCGCGACGAUCAUCCUCUCAGCUAUCUCCAAGUCCCUACAAUACUCGCCCUGGUGUAACAUCUAGAACUUCAUCAACAUCUCUACUCGUGACUCCAAAUGAAUCUACAACCUCUCUUCCAGGAACUGCGCGGGCGACCAAUGGCUCUCCUUUAAAGCAGACGAGUAUUCAACGACCUCGACCGGCCAAUGUCCCUGAUCCGCUAGAAGUCUUGAAUCAAAUCAUUGGGAAGGAAACUCAAACAGAUAAACAUGUGCCACAGCUAUCGUCGAUGCCGGAACGACCCGCGCAAUUGGUGGAAGCUAUCCGAUUCGACGGACUGAGUCUUGAGGAUUUUCUGGGAAAGGAGGAUCUCACACCAAAGAAAAAGUCUCGCGAAAGUGAUGUAAAUGCGCAAACUGUUCAGCAAUUUGAACAAGAACGAGAUAAGUUUCAAGAAUUACACACAUCCAUCACUGGAUGUGAUGAGGUGUCCAAGUCAGUCGAGCUGUACUUGAAUGACUUCCAGAAUGAACUGGGUGCCGUAUCGGCAGAGAUCGAAACUUUGCAAUCUCGCUCAACACAAUUGAACGCGAUGCUAGAGAAUAGGCGUAAUGUGGAACGGUUGUUGGGACCUGCCGUGGAGGAGAUCAGUAUCUCCCCCAAGGCUGUGCGGACAAUUGUCGAGGGUCCAAUCGAUGAGAACUGGGUGCGUGCACUCAACGAGAUCGAUUCUCGAACUACAAAUAUCGAAGCCAAGGCCGCCGCUUCCGCAAAUGGCUAUAAAGCCGUCGAGGAUGUACGACCCCUUCUGGCCGAUGUGAAGACUAAAGCGGUUGAAAGGAUCAGAGACUAUCUUGUGUCGCAGAUUCGUGCUAUGCGAUCGCCAAACAUCAACUCUCAGAUCAUCCAACAACAGCGACUGGUGAAGUUCAAAGAUCUAUACAGUUAUCUCUCAAAGAUCCACCCAAAGUUGGCAGGGGAGAUAGCACAGGCCUACAUCAACACAAUGCGCUGGUACUACACAUCUCACUUCACACGCUACCUUCAAGCUCUUGAUAAAGUCAAGGUUUAUCCUCCUGACCGAAACGAGGUGCUUGGAGGUGACCCAUCCACACAUCGAUCAGGGAACAUGAUCCCUGGCGGUCGAGCUGGCUCUGCCGUACAUGAUCCUUUCUCACUGGGUAGACGUAUCGAUGUCCUCCGAACUGGCAAUCUCCAAGCUUUAUCCUCAUACGUGGCCGAAGAGGACAAUACCUACCAUGGAAUCGAAGUGCCGUUUCGAAGCUUCAACCUUGCAUUGGUGGACAAUGUGUGCGCCGAGUACUCUUUCCUGACUGAGUUUUUCUCUCCAAAGACCUUCCAUCAAAUCUCUCGCAUUGCCGCGGACAUAUUCCAACAGGUCUUUACCCUUGGCCAGAACCAGACCAAGAAGUUGAUCGAGCAAACCACGGAUUCUUUGGGUGUCCUCAUGUGUGUUCGCCUGAACCAACAUUCGGCAUUCGAGCUUCAGCGGCGAAAGGUGCCUGUCGCCGACUCGUAUGUUAAUGGAACGAACAUGCAGCUCUGGCCGCGCUUCCAGGUGAUUAUGGAUCACCACGGUGACUCGCUUAAGCGAGUUGGGUCCAAUACUGGGCGCAGUGCUAUCUCCGCCCUUUCUAUUGCAGGCGGAGACGACCUGAAGCAGUCUUCAGCACCCCACUUCUUGACGCAGCGAUUUGGACAACUUCUUCAUGGAAUUCUUGUGCUCAGCAGUGAUGCUGGUGAUGAUGAGCCGGUGUCCAACAGCCUGGCCCGGUUGACUGCCGAAUUCGAUGCUCUUCUGGUAAAAUUGAGUCGCAAUGGUACAGACGCAAAGCGAAGAGAGCGAUUUCUUUUUAACAAUUAUUCAUUGAUUUUAACCAUCAUUAGCGAUACCCAAGGCAAAUUAGCAGUUGAACAAAAGAAGCAUUUGGAAGAGAUGCUCAAGAAUAGCACCAAGCGAGCCCAUGCCUGGCAGGGCUCCCUAAAUCCCUCGCCAAAGCAUGUCUACACUGCCGGUCUCGAAAAAUCCGUUGUGACACAAUUCGUCCUCGCUGCUCGACUUGCGAAACCCAAGGCCGGGAAUGUAUCUAUCGAGUGGAGACGCCGCGGCAGAGGUGGACCGACCCUGGCUCAAAUAGACCGAUUGCAACAAGAAAAUACAGAACUCAGAUCUUUCAUCGUAAAACUGAAAGGCGAAGAGGGACACAUCCCCAGCCUAGCAGUGACUGAAGGUCUUGAUCCCAGUCAGAACCGCCAGCAAAGCCUUGACAGCCUGGCUACCUCUUCAGAUGAAGAACUCGACGUGGCACCUUUUAUAUCUGUAGAUGAGGCCGACAUCGAUGGUGUUCCUACUGGGCUCGCUCUGCAUCUGUUGGAUGUGCACUGGGCUCGGCAACACCACACCUUUCUUCUAACCUAUCGCCCGGCAAUCAUGCGUGAUCUGCCCAAAGGUGAUGGACCAAACUGCUCCCGAUUUUUACUGAACGCCAUUUUUGCCUGCGCAAGCAAGUUUUCUUCGCGUGUUGAUGUACGCGAUGACCCAAGCGAUCCAGCCACGACAGGCCGGCGUUUCUUUCGCCGCUGUGAUGAGCUCCUAGUUCAAGAAUCACAUCUCAUUCGCCCAAGUAUUCCAACAAUAAUUGGACUUUUGCUCCUCGGGUCUACAUUCAAUGCCCGCGGUGAAACUUCAAAGGGUUGGUUAUACACAGGCUAUGCUCUACGCAUGGUGUAUGAUUUGGGAUUACACCUCGACCCCAAGGAGACCAACGAUGACGCAGAAGAAAUGGAGAUCCGCCGCCGCGUAUUUUGGGGUGCUUUUGUUUGUGACAAAAUACAAAGUCUCUACCUCGGCCGACCGGUCGCUAUGAACCUGCGCGACUCCCAUGUCAGUCGUGAAUUCCUUGAUACAUUCGAGGAAUAUGAGCUGUUCAUACCACCUCCCGACUCGAAAUUACACACACCAUCAUCACAGCCCGUCAUACAUUCUGUCUCUACUUUUCAACAGCUCUGUCUCCUAUCCAGGAUCAUGACCAAAAUCACCAAUCACUUUUACACAGUCGGCGGAGUGCGGUCCUCGAGCUCCGCCACGGCUAGUCUCCAACUGGCGGACAAUGCCCUCAAUUCCUGGAAAGCAAACCUCCCAAUCGAACUAGACUUCAAGCCAUGGUCACAUUCCGAUGUUCAUCCACGACUCCACCCAGCUCCCAACGUAAUGAACCUCCACGGCAUCUACAACUCCCUGAUUAUUCUCCUUCACCGACCCUUCAUCUCCGACGGCCAUCUACGAUCAAUUACAACGUCAGCUUCAUCAUGGGGCCGCUGCACCACAGCUGCAAAUAAUAUCACAAGUAUCUCCUUGGCCUACAAAUCGGCAUACGGUCUCCAUGGCGCACCCUAUAUCCUCAGCUACGCCAUCUACGUAGCAUGCACAAUCCACGUCCGCAACGCCUUCGCAAACGCCCACCAUAGGGAACAUAUCUCCCGCUUGGCAGCAGGUCUAAAAUUUCUCGAUGAGAUUUCGAUGACGAAUCCUGGAGUCUGCAGACCUGCCAGCAUCAUACGGAAAUUGGCCGAGGCAAGCAAGCUUGACCUUUCUGUGGCGGAUGCAAUGACCCCUGCUUCCCAGGUAGAGAUAGUUUCUCCGGUGGAUGGAUCGAAUAGUGGUUUUGAGCUCGAUGCUAUCGUCGGAAUGUUCCCGAGUAGGUCUUCGGUUUUUGGUAAUGGGCUGGAGUUUUCCACUGGGCAGGAACAUGAUACGGGUUUGUUUGGACUUGAUAUUCCGUAUGAUCCUUUGUUUGGAUUUAUGGAUGCUUCGCUGGAUUGGCCUGGCUUGGAGACGGCUCUCUUGUUUGAUAAUCCAUGA